GUGACGAUGAAGACGAUGACUCGGGCGAGGACCGCCUUCCUUCCUGCUUCGACUACAUCAUGCAUUUCCUCACCGUCUUCUGGAAAGUUCUCUUCGCCUUCGUGCCGCCCACCGAGUAUUGGUGUGGCUGGGCUUGCUUCCUGGUCUCAAUCUGCCUUAUCGGGGUGCUCACCGCCCUCACUGGGGACCUGGCCUCUCACUUCGGCUGCACCAUCGGCCUCAAGGACUCGGUCACGGCGGUGGUGUUCGUGGCGCUGGGUACCUCCGUGCCCGAUACCUUCGCCAGCAAGGUGGCCGCCAUCCAAGACCAGUACGCCGAUGCUUCCAUCGGUAACGUGACGGGCAGCAAUGCGGUGAACGUCUUCCUGGGCAUCGGGGUGGCCUGGACCAUCGCCGCCAGUUACUGGGCCAGCCAGGGGAAGCCCUUCGAGGUUCAGCCAGGCACCCUGGCAUUUUCCGUCACCCUCUUCACCAUCUUUGCCUUCAUCAGCAUCGCGGUGCUGUUGUACCGGCGCCGGCCUCCGGUGGGGGGCGAGCUGGGAGGUCCCCGAACCCCAAAACUGCUGUCCACCCUGCUUUUCAUCAGCCUCUGGCUGGUCUACAUCCUCUUAGCGGCUUUGGAAGCCUAUUGCCAUAUCGAAGGUUUCUGA